CGUCAUGGUUAUUAUAAAUAUCUGCAUUUGCGUAGGCUAUCGGCAUCCGAUAAUGCAGAAAGACUCCGAUCUGAUGUUGCGCCUCCAUUGGCAAUACAUCCGCGCCUGACCAUAUAUAAAGCUGCGAAGCACGGAAGACUUAUCAUUAUCCUCGUAAUGGCUCCUAGGACUCAUGAACAAUUCGUUGCAGACCAAACUAGGCCAAUGCCCGCUGUCGUCACCGCCGACUUGAGCGGAAAGACACUCGUCCUCAUCGGUGCCAAUUCUGGUCUGGGAUUCGAGGCUGCAAAGCAUUUCGCCAGGAUGAACCCUGCGCGGCUGGUAUUGACCGCAAGAGACGAAACAAAGGGAAAGCAGGCUCUGGCCCAAAUCCAAGCGGACACUGGCUAUUCCAAGGCAGAGUUAUGGAUCAUUGAUCUCGCCAACUUUAAUAGCGUCGUUGCGUUCGCUGAUAGGGCCGACCGGGAACUAGAGCGAUUGGAUAUCCUCAUAGAGAACGCUGGCAUGGGGACGUGGGUCUACGAACAAGCGGAGGGCUGGGAGAAAACUAUACACACAAACAACCUUGGUCCCGGUUUACUUGCUAUUCGUAUGAUCCCGAAGAUGCUUGAGACCGCUCGCAAGCAUUCUGUCAACCCAAGGCUCGUCAUCGUUGCGAGCGAGGUGCACUACUCGACGACGAUUGAAAAGGACGUCAUAGCCUCCCCUAGAAUCCUUGCGAAACUCUCAGAUGAAGGGUAUUGCACGAAAGAGGUAAUGAAGCACCGAUAUCAUGAUACCAAAUUGUUCAACGUUCUCUUCGCCCGAGCUCUGCAACUCCAUGUGCCGUCUACACCACCGAUCACCGUCAACUCUCUGAACCCCGGAUUCUGUUUCUCGAACCUCUUGGCUAACUCUGGUGUCCCUCUUGACUCUGAGGAGGGAAAAGCCAUGCUUAAGAUGCGAGACGAAUUGGCGUUCACUACAGAAGAAGGGAGCCGGCAGUUGGUAUACGGCGCCGUCGGCUCUCUGGAUGACGAGGCAAAGCUUCGUGGCAAGUAUAUUCAUAUGUCUGAGGUCGCGGAGGAGAGCGACUUUGUAAUCAGCGAGGAUGGGAAGAUCGUCCAGAAUAAAGUUUGGGAAGAAAUGUUGGAGAUUUUGGGUAAAAUUGAUCCCAAGGUUUCGGAGGUGGCUAAUGCGUAUCUCACGAAAGCUUGAUAUUCGCGUAGUCGCAAUGUGCAUUAUAUUGGCGGUGAAUCGAGAUGCACACGGAGCGACCCUGUCUAUUCUCAGGCGGCUAACAAAUAAGCUUUAUCCAAAGGUCGAGCCCGUACUCUCUACUACCCUUCCAUGGGUCUGCUUGUGCUUGAAGAAAAAGAAUGCGAAGCACGAAUCCCCUUACUACCUCCAGCCUUCGAGAAAAAAUAUGUCAUUCUGCAGUUGAUGGAUCCAUAUCGCGGGGUUCGAUAGACAUAUGGAUGCAAUGGCGCAACGCUACGCUAUGACAAGGGAAAGCAAUAGCA